GUUGGGGCUGUGCGGUGUCGGGGUGCGGGGCCAUUUUCUCCCACUCCCUGGCGGUUCGCGCUGUGUGCCCGGGCGGGUGGCAGUGCCCGGGGUACAGGACCAGCGAGGGCCGCUGCCCCAGCAGUAUCCCGGGCCGCGAAGGGCUCUGGGGCCGGGACCGACGGGCAGCACAGCUGGGGCUGCACCGUGACCUUGCCCUCCGCGAGGCCACUGCCCAGCGGCUGAUGUUCUUUUCCCUGUUCCUUGGCGCGGGAGCCUGUGGAUGCCUGUCUCGAGGGACUGUGUGGGCUUUGGUGUGGUGCUCUCUGCACCGUGAGAGCAGGCCCGUGGCCGUGGUUUGCGAUGACUGAGGUGUCCAUCCUCCUCACAGGAGGCAGCAGGAAGACGCACAGAGUCUCUUGGAGCAGCACCAGGAUGGAGGAGCCCGCUGGGAACCUUCCCAUCCGGAGAGACGUCAUUCUUCCCGAGUCGUGCUGUGAUCACGUCACCAUAACAAACCUGGUGGAAGUGCUGAGAUCUUUGGUGGCUUUAACUGACCCUCAGGAGGGGAAGCUGACUCAGUCUCAAGAGAAAGCACUAAAUUCGCUGGGCAUUUGGAAAAGUGUAUUUAGAGUUGUUCCUGGGCCUACAUCAAAGACCUCAGUGGAGUGACAGCUCAAAGAUGGGAGACCAGGAGGCCAGUGAACCUUUUCUAGGGAUAGUGGCUGAUGGUGGCAGAGACUACGAAGGAGCUCUGCCCUCAGACAUGGUGUCGCUCAGCAAUUCUGACUCUGAUGACUUGGGGCUGGCGGGUGAAGCAGAAGUUGAUACAAUAUCUCCUGAGGAGCCAUCUGUAGAUGAAGGGGAUUUCAGAUCAGGAGGGACACACGACUCUUCAAACAGCGGUCGCAGAUCUCCUGUCCAGCCAUUCCAUCUGAAGGGCAUGAGUUCUACGUUCUCUCUCCGUAGCCAGAGCAUUUUUGAUUGCCUGGAAGAGGCAGCCAAGUUGUCUGUGCCCUCGAUGCCUGAAGAUAAUGUUGUUGAUGGGAGGUUUAAGUGUCCAUUGCCUCCGACCCCAGUUUCAGGUAACAUGGUCCCAGAAAACAUGGGAAGGCAAGCCAGAGCAGUGCAGGCUCCAAAAGCCUCUCGUGCAGUGCCUGACUACGUGGCACACCCAGAGCGCUGGACCAAAUACAGCCUAGAGGGUGUUUCAGAGUCCAGUGACAAGACUAACAGGGAAGUGGCCAUGGAGUUUCUAGGUGGUUUGAAGAAAAGAGGGGAGCAACAGAGCUCAGCUACCCAAGAUAGUUACACUCCAUCCUUUAACCAGGACCCUUCCAGCUGUGGAGCUGGGAGGAUUGUCUUCACCAAACCAAUUAAAAGAGGUGUUGAUGGACUGGAAAAGAAAACAUCAACAGGGGAGGAUGAUAAGAAACAGAUGAAGACAGAUCUGAGAGGAAAAUCUCUUAAGAAGAUUGAUGACUUGAGGGAGGAAGAUAAGGUUGAGCUGGGGCACUUAGACAGUGACAGUGGAAAGGCAGCAGAGGAGGAGGAGUGCAUGAUGAAGGGGGACCAGAACACAGAGUAUAAACCUGAUGCAAGGCUUAGUGGUGCAGGUGAAGAGCCAUCGCUGGGAACAGUUGGAUUCCACUGCAGUAAGAAGAAGAGCAGGAAAAAUUUCCGACCUAAAGUAGCUGAUGAAGGGGAGGAGGAAGAUUCCUGAACGAUGAAGCACAUUGGAGACAUCCCAGGACUUGUCUUGUUCAUUUUUUUUUGUCUUUUUUUUUUUUUUCUGGUCUGAAAACCACGUGAUAGUUUUUUUGUUCAGUUUGCGUCAUAGCCACCAAGAACGUUUUAUAUUGUUAGAAAUUAAGCUACCUAAAAUAAACUCCAGACUUUUUGUUUAUGAGAAUUCCGUGGGCACAGGAUAGUUGCAUCGUGGCAGGAUAGAAUAAAGUGUGAUACUCCAGAGCUGAAGUAUCCAAAGAAACAGAAGUGUUAGCUAUAUGGUUGCAGGGCUUCGUAGAAAAUCCCAGUUUUGGAAUUGUUCCCAAAUCCUGUGGAAUCCUGGAGAAAAGGUGAUGAGCUCAUUAUGUAGAGAUUUUUAAACAAUGAAAAUAAAACCUAGUCUUCCACUGAUGUGAUUUCUCCUGGCCCUGUCCCAAGAAGGAAAACCUUUUAACUUUUUUGUUUGAAAACAUCUUUCUGUCAUUGCCAUUGAGGGUGAAAGCAGAACAGUGCCCAGUUAUAUGAUGUGAUGAUCUGCACCUUUGUAUGUCCUUUCCAGGAGGUGCUGCUUCCAUCCUGAUUCUGUAUAUGGAUUGGGGUAUUUGUGGGAAUGAGAUAUUUAUACCAGAACUGGAGACUUUUUUGUUCUAUGUGAUACAAUAAACUUUUGGUUGUAACUUGA